AUGCGACGUCUUCUGAUCUACUCGCUCCUCCUUCUCCUCCUCUCCAUCAUCAUCGUCGAUUCGCGGAAGUAUCGGCGGAUGAAUGAGAUUACUAUCCACAACCAUGCGGAAGCGAACGUUCGUAUCCGAUGUCAAUCCAUCAAGACAGACUUCAAGGAUACAUAUAUGGGACCGAUGGAUGAGGAGACUCUCACUUCUGGUGUGAUGCGUACGGGCUCUUCGGAUUCUCCGAAUCGUUUGACGUCUUCGGCCGAAGUGCACCGAGCAGAAAAAACCAAACAUGGUUCCUGCGCAACGACGGUCUCUACCUGGAACUCGAGUCAAACCGUGCUCGCGAGUGGCAAUGGCUCUAUCCACCACUCGACUCCUACUCCAUCGACUCCAUCGACGCUAUCGACGUCUCCCCGCUGCCCACCUGGGUUCCCUAUUAAACUGUUUGUUAAGGAUGUGUGUGUGUGA